GAGUGGCGGCGGCGGCGGCAGCAGCCUGCAACGAGGACAUGGAACGCGUCCGAGAGAGGGAAGCCAACGUGGGAGACGGAGCCAUUCCAUGAGCCGGUGGAGCGUGAACAUCAGGCGCGUGGCGAGCGUCAUUAACAUAAUAUAUGCUCGCGUGAACGUAUGGACACCCUUCACAGAAGCACACUAGCCACAUUAACAUAAUACAUGCUAUCAUUAACAUAAUAGAUGCCCUCAUUAACAUACUACAUGGAAUAAUUGGCAGCACAUGGUGCCGUUACCCGCGGUGACAGCCAAUGGCAGCGCGGAGCGGGCGACGCCGUCACUUCCAGGCAGAGGGUUUGUAGGAAGCGCUGUGCGAGUGCGUGCGGUCCACACACCGCACGGGCCCUCUGAGUUAUCUUCAGUCGGUUAACACAUCACACACACACACAUACACUUCGUGUGUGGAUAUGUAUAGUUUAUAGUGUGUCCGGCUAUCGACCGCUGCUUGGCACUCGCGCUAACGGUCUGCUGAAGAAGGCUCCACGCCGAGUCGACGGGGACCGCUUGUUGUGACAGUCGGAGGGGGCGAGGGGGUUACCGCCACUCAGCGGUCAGCAGCGUCGGUCAUCAGGGUCGCGAGUGUCCCUCUCAGUGGGGAGGUCACUCCACCGGGGGAGGUCGGUGACCUGCGGGUGACCGGUGGAUGCUCCGAAGGUCGGACGGACACACGUGAGUGUACAGGUAACCCGGGAGAGAUCGGCAGCUCGCAAGGCUCGUCGUGUCCACGUGGGCAGGAUCAACUCGCGGUCCCCUUUGUGUCUUCCUCAGCAUGGCUGCCGGCACAGAGGAGGGGACAUUGACAACGCCCGUGUCGCCCGAGCACGACCCAGACAACGAACAUUUCUCCUUCCAGAACGACUACCCUCCAAACCCGCAGCAACGCGGCACCGUGCUGGCAUUCCUGUCGGGUGAAGAGCGCGACUUGUACAGCGAGCACAACGUCAGAUUCUGGAUGAACUCGGGAACUGCUCCCCACGACAGCCGGCCUUUCGGGAAUAUUAUGAAACACCUGAAGGAAUUGUUUCCUGGCGCCAGCCAUAGCACGUCCAUCAUGAAGUUCCUCGCACACGUGGUCCGCAUCGAAUACCACACGGAGAGCAUCGUUCGUCUGUCGAGCUUCUGCGACCUGGUGCGCUGGUUCGGGCCCUUCAGGGAAAUCGUCUACAAUCAGAAGAAGACGUGCGUCUGCCUGUGCAACCUGGAGUUGCUCAUGACGGAGUCACAGGUGCUCGUGUCGAAGCAGAAAAUGAGCUGGUUCGCGGGUCACAUGAGCAGCGCAGCGGCGGAGGAGAAACUGCGGGGGCAACCGAGCGGCACCUACCUGGUGCGCUUCUCCGAGUCGGAGCGCGAAACGGGCAGCUUCGCGCUGUCCAUCAAUGUCGCUGACGGUGGUGGCACGGAGCACGUGACCAUCCAGGGCGACCCCAAGAUGGUGAACUCUGAGGUGGCGGCGAAGAGAGACGAUCCCAACCUGUGGCUGCAGUACUGCGCGGACAGCGACGGGCGCACGUACCCCAGCCUGCCCGUGCUGAUGAACAAGCGGCUCAUGGAAGACUCCUUCCACGAUGACCACGAGGACACCGCCUGCGAGACGGCGUGCCCCGACCUGCCGCUCAACGCCAUAUUCAAGGCCUACAAGAACAAGACCUGAGGCCUGCAUCACGUGGGGCCGUCUGCGUGCUUCGGGAGCAUUUUUGCCACGCGUAUCGGUUGUAAAACGAUCACUUUUUUGUACCCGUCAUCUCCGUCGUCGUCAGCCGUCGUCCGCACACUGCAUGAAGGUCUCCCCAAGCCGUCGCCAUCUCUCACCGUCUCAGCCCGCACGGAGCCGGCAGCGUCACUCCAUCUCUGCGGCGGUGUCCU